CUCAGAUGUUCUAUUCUGGGAAGUUGUGCCAGGAAUAAUAGCUUCGGCGUCUUCCUCACAAACUGAAAAAUCGUGUCGAAGAGGAUGUUUUACUCACAACGUGUCUGCAUUUAGUAGCAGCAUAAGGCUUUAGAAUAGUCAUACGGAAGUCGAUCUUUUUUUGGUGCAAAUUCUUGUUUAAUUUUUMACUCUGAGUAUUGGACGCUUUUAUCCGACAAUUAGGGAAGUGUCAAGAGCGUUGUCAUAGGUUGUAAUUUAUUUGGGAUUUUACUGGACGUGGGUUUUUGCACGGCACCUGAAGUGUGACACGGCUGUGCCGAUGCCCUGGAGGAGUGUGAACGCUGUGUGACGUCCUCGCAAGUCGCUCUCCUUGGCUGCACAACAGGAAACACUUGUGGCCUGCCUCCUUCCUGCGCUCAGAAAGAGGGCGUGUGAAGAGGGUGUGUGCCUGGAUAGGCUUGCCAGGACUGCCAGGGAGAAGUCGUCUGUCAAAUCCCAGAGUGGUCUGUGUCAUCUCCGCACCCUGGCCAAGGGGUCAUCCUGAUUUCUGAACCCCCACCCCUCGCCCUCCUCCCACCAGCCUGACCCAGCAACCACCCCCACCUUGCACACAACCAAGCGGACCGAAGACACCUAAACAGUGCCAGACUCAAUCACCACCUCAAGUCCUCUGAGAUCACGCAGGUCUUAAGUGAAGAUUCUUUUGGAAGUUGUAAAAAGAGAGAAAUCAACAAGCACUUUUUUUAAGACCGAUCAAGAAAAGAUCUUCAUACAUUUAAUGAAUUGGACAGAAAAUUGGAGGGAUGUUAGCAAGUCUACAGUAUGAUUGACAGAAAGAAAGUGUUCUGAUGCAGACGAUAGAGGAUCUUCGUGACUCAAAUGUGGAACAACCCAACAACUUCAGCAAUGGAAGGCCCCUUUGUUUAAGAGCUCCAUGUGUGACAGCAUCUGACAUUUGACCUUUGAGAAACCCAACUGACGUCUAGAGGGACAAUGGAGUCACGUGAAUCUGCUGCUGGACCAAAAUGCACCAAGGAUCCCCGGGAGAAGCUACAAAGGAAGUGGGUCUCUGAGCCCUCAGCUGGCACAAAAAGAAGCACUUUCGCUGACCCGGAGGAAAAGAGGCACUCGCAUCGCGAAAGCCUUCAAAGUGGUGCCAGUGGCAGCAAUAUUACUGGCUCAGCACGAAAGUAUGGCUCUGGGAAGCUGCUAUCAACUGCAAUGGUUCAGUCAUCUCAAGAUAGUCAGUACGCACAGGCUUUCCCUCGUACUUACUCCUACCAGCUACCACAACCGUACCCACAACAGCCCAUGCAAGAGCGCUUCCUGUCCGGAGCCAAGCCACAGCCCGGUCUGGAGGCCCAUGCCUGGCCUUUCGCUGGACAGCUCCCUUCCGACGACAUAUUCCCUGGACACUCCCGUGCCCAUGGAGUUUUCCCUCGUCAGAAAUCUCCCAGUUUACCCAGUUCUUUUGGCCAGUAUUCCCAGUCAGGGCCGGAGCCACCAGAGGAGGGAUACAAGAAGGAGCAGAAACCCAAGAAGCCAGGGAAGUACAUCUGCCACUACUGUGGAAGGGCUUGUGCUAAACCCAGCGUGCUGAAGAAGCACAUUCGUUCACACACUGGAGAACGCCCCUACCCUUGUGUCCCCUGCGGGUUCUCCUUUAAAACCAAGAGUAAUUUGUACAAACACAGGAAAUCUCAUGCCCAUGCCAUCAAAGCAGGACUAGUCCCAUUCUCCGAACUGGCAGUUUCACGCACAGACAUGGAUCAGGCGUCCUCAGUGGGAGAGACGGAAGUACACUCAGACGGUGAACAGAGCACAGACACCGACGAGGAGACUGCAGAGGCCUCCAUGUUUAUGGACAAAGGCAGCCCCAUUCCCCAGAUAUCAUUUGACAUGGACAAAAGCACAAUGGAGAAGGGUAGGGAGCCGGCAUAUGCUGACUCAGCUGAGGAGCUAGCUAUGGCUUCCAUGAAAGUGCCUAUCCUAAUUGUCCCAAAACAAGGGGUCCCACCAACAGCAUUGGAGUGCCCCCCAUUCACGGAUCUCAAGGCUUCUCACAUCAGCUCCCAGGUUGGCCGCAUGGAUGACUCUCCCACUAUCAAACAGAGACUGGCUCUGAGACUGACAGAGAAGAAGGGAUCACAGGACUCAGACCAGCAGUCCCAGCAGUCCCUGAACCUUCUGAGUCCACACAGCAAAGGCAGCACAGACUCAGGCUACUUCUCCCGUUCAGAGAGUGCAGAGCAACAGAUCAGCCCUCCCAACACAAACGCAAAGUCCUACGAGGAGAUCAUGUUUGGUCGGACUUGGUAUUACAAACCUAACUCUGCUAGAUCUAGACAAUCCAUUGCAGUAGGCAUGGCCACUGUUGGCCAAGACACUAACAUAGUAAUGGGGAAGAUAUCUGAGGAUCAUAUUUUUUUCCGAAAUGAUAGCGGUGAAGUGCAACUAUUAGCAGGUGUUGACCCUAAGCAGUAUCCCACAGGCCCUUGCCAAAGCAACACAGGUCUACUAGAGACUCCUUCUGAUUCAGGGACACUCAUUAGGAGUAACUCAAUGCCAACAUCCUCCCCGACCAACCUCAACGUCCCACCGGGGAUAAGAGUGAGCCACUCCUUUGAUGAGAUGAUGACCUCUGAUGAUGUCUUCUACCCGGGUGCUGCCAGUCUGAGGAGGCUUAGGAGACAGGCCGCUUUUGAGCAUUCAGCACAUGAAGGGCAUGGCGACUAUGAAACCUAUGGACACGUUCCCAAGAACGCAGCCCCAUCCGUGGGAUUAAAGCUAGGGGAGCGCAGUCCUGUGGUGCCAGAGCAUACAGCAUACAGCCCAUAUGGUACUAAAGUGGGAAUGACAGAGAUUGCCACUCGUAAACGCAGGAAGGAAAAGAGUGUAGGAGAUGAGGAGGAUGGCCCUGUCCAGUACGACAGUAGUUGUAGUGGCUCAGUAGAUAUGGUCAGAGAUUAUGAUUCAAAACAAGGUAGUCAAGAGGGUUCAAGGGGGACACCUACUGGAAAGGGAUCCAUGGGAUCUAUGUACAGUGCACAUAGCCAAUCAGACAGUUUUGAAACAUGCUGUAGUAGCAUGUGCUCAGAGGACGUAGUGCUAGUCCCAGACUCUGACAGAAAGGCAGCUGGCAAUGUUAUAUCUGUCAUUCAGCACACCAACUCACUCAGUAGGCCAAACUCCUUUGAGAAGUCAGAGUCCUUCGAGCACCCAGCCUACCUGCAAGAUAAACCCUCCAGCCAAUAUUCAGAGCAGUCAGAUACAGAGAACAUAGAGGAUGUGCAGAGCCCAGAGUUUAUGCUGAGGUCUGAGAGCAUGGAGCAGCAGCAGCAAAGCAACAGUGAUUUAGUUUCAUCCAACCAGCCCUGUCACAUGCCCCCCAAACUGGURCGUCAGCCUAACAUCCAAGUGCCUGAAAUCAGGGUGACAGAGGAGCCAGAUAAACCAGAGAAAGAGCCUGAUGUACCGACCAAGGAGCCGGAGAAGCACGUUGAAGARUUCCAGUGGCCCCAGAGGAGUGAGACACUGUCCCAGCUCCCUGCGGAGAAGCUGCCUCCUAAGAAGAAGCGUCUGCGUCUGGCAGACCUGGAGCACUCCUCUGGGGAGUCCAGCUUUGAGUCCUGCACCAGCCUGUCCAGGAGCCCCAGGCGAGAGCGCAACCUGUCCCACAGCUCCACUUCUCUAUGUCUUUGACAGGAAGAGAGCCUAAGUCUGUGUCACCCCAAGCAGGAUGACUUUGGCACAGCAGUCUGAGUACAGGGCAACUCUCACAUCCCCGGCCAUCACCAGCAGAGGGAGAUGCGACGUCCUCAUCAGAACAGGCUCCCGCGCUCUGCCACCGAGAUCCCAGAGAUCCGUAGCAAGUCCUUCGACUAUGGCAGCCUCUCAACAUCAUCCAGACAGGGAGAGUUACUCCAGUGCAUCAGCCAUGAAAGAUCGAGACGGGGCUACCUAGUAAGGCAGGCAUCCCUCAGUGUUUACCCUGAGACUGUGGUGCAUGAGCAAGGUGGUCUCGAAAUUACUGUCAAGCAAGAGCACUCGGACCAUGGACCCUCAUCUUGGCAGACCAGCGAAGUAGCAAGACCCAAGAGAGGGUCACAUCAUCAUCUUCUGCAACAGAGCAUUAGUGAGGACAGCCAGGACGACCCACCACUGUUCCAGAAGUCAUCUCGUCUGCCAAGUCAACAGUCAUCAGGAGAGCAUCCAGGUCACGAGCUCAUGAGCAAGGAAACGAUGCAAUACUCCUCACUCCAGAACAGCUUGGCUUCACUGCCUUUCCUGCCAUGUCAGCCGGGUCUGUUCUGGCAUCGAUCCACACAGAGACACAAGCAGCAUCUGGCAUUCCAGCCACACCAGUUACAGAAACUACAUAUCAGACAGCCUAGUCUACCACACAUGAUCCAGAAAUCCAACCCACCUUCUAAUCAGCUACAGCAGAUUCAGGAGCAAUGCGAUGCAAAAGCUGACGGUGCUAUCAGUCAGAGCUAUCAGUAUCCCUCUAGAGCUCCCCCCAGGCCCAGCAUUACGAGCACGGUGCUCCUGCAACAGGUCCAGCCAAUCUUCGCCACUCAGAAUGCGGUUCACAGUCACCUCCCAGGUAUGCUAGUCCCCGUUAGGAUACAGACUCAAGUGCCAUCUUACGGAAGUGUUAUGUACACAAGUGUUUCACAACUCUUAGCUAACCAUGGCCAGAGCACUUAUUCAGCAAGAGUCAUAUGCUCAGAGAGUGUAUCAUAUUCACUCACAGGUGGCACUGUUUCAAAGCAAGGCGUUGGCUUCAAUUUAUCUCAGACUGGUCAGCCUGAGGGAGCUCUACGUUAUCCACUGUGGAAUAUUCCGAUCAACACUGAACACGGGAGACUGAACACGGGAAUUCCGCUGUCGUUGACAUCAGGAACCAUCUCCACCACGGAUGCGUCCUCCAGUAGGGGAAGCAAGCGGAUGCUAUCACCAGCCAGUAGCCUGGAACUCUUUAUUGAGACCAAACAGCAGAAACGGGUCAAGGAGGAGAAGAUGUACGGUCAGAUUGUAAAGGAGCUGAGCGCUGUCGAGCUGAGUGCUUCGAAAGACAGCGGCAAUUUAUCAACGCGUGCCCCUCUGAAGAGCGAGGGUUCAAUGGACGAUCAGGAGAGGAUGUCCUCCUCCCCACCAGCAGACUUCCCCUCCACCAAAAUCCCAGUGCGUUCCAACGCACCUCACAUACCUGAUGUGCCACCAGCUGACAGCUUCACUCCCCCUCUGCAAAUCGUGACGGACUUCCCUGGUGGCAGAGAGUCCCCAGAGGAGCUGGACGUAGAUGACUCCACCCCAGAGGCUAGCUGCAGCCCACAGUUCAUGGUCUCCUCCAGUGACACUCCAGAGGAAGCCAAGCCACUCAUGGGCAGCAAGAUCCCUGUCAACAUGCUGGUGCAGCUGGCUGCCAAUCAGAGUGGGGGUGCUGCUGGAAGCACUCUAAUGCUCACAGAUCUGGCAGACGUUCAGCAGUUCUUUCAGUUCCCCAGUCUUCGCACGACAACCAGUGUCAGCUGGUGCUUCCUGAAUUACACCAAGCCAAACAACGCUCAGACGACUCCACUGACUUCUGUCUACGGCUCCUGGUGCGUCAGCUCUUACAACCCUAACCCUCUCAGUCUCAGCACCAAGUCUACUCUGGCACUGCUCUGCUCCAAGCAGAGGAAGAACACAGAAACCUACACGAUGGCUGCUAUGUAUCAACCCAGGACUGGAAAACUUGUGUCCUCUCUUGCUUGGAAGCAGAAGUUUGAACAGAUGAAGCCAGAGCUCAUGCAGCUAGAUGUGAGCAAAUAUGGGAAGAAAAUCAAGGGGCUGAGCUCCAGGGAACGAGUCAAGGAGGACCACGGAGAGAAGGAGGCCUCCUCAAAGCAGGCUGAGCCCACUCGCAUCAAAAUCUUUGAAGGAGGGUACAAAUCCAAUGAAGACUAUGUUUACGUGCGGGGUAGAGGAAGAGGGAAGUACAUAUGUGAAGAGUGUGGAAUUCGUUGUAAGAAGCCAAGCAUGCUGAAGAAACAUAUCCGCACACACACCGAUGUCAGGCCAUAUGUCUGCAAGUUCUGCAACUUUGCUUUUAAAACUAAAGGAAACCUGACAAAACACAUGAAGUCGAAAGCCCACAUGAAGAAGUGCUUGGAACUCGGGGUGUCAGUGACAUCUGUGGAGGAUGCAGACGCAGAGGAAGCUGACAAUGGCGAGGAUGGCCAGAGGGAGUCUGGGAAGAUGUUAGGCAUUAUGGCGGACCACCAGUUCUCAGACGCUGAUGAUUCUGAUGAUGACGGGGAUGAGGUGGAUGAUGAUGAAGACGAUGACGACGAUUACGAUGGCGACUCCACGCCGAAAACGCGCUCCAGAAGCACUAGCCCUCAGCCCUAUGGCAUACCGUCUCUCUCCAUCACGGCUGUGGCGGCCUCUCAGAACGCCUGCUCCUCAGACCUGCUGGGUCAAGGCUCCAAACCUCCCAUCUUCAGCUACUUCACCAGCCUGCCCAGCAUCCAGAUCACCCAGCUCAUGGUGCCCAGCGAGCGUGCAGGCCAGGGCCAGAUGGCAGAGUACCAGCGUCUGCUGCAGGGCGCCCUGGGCGAGGACUAUAAGAACAGGCUAGACAUACCCAGCUCCAUGGACAAGGACUUUGGCCUGUCCACAGAUCACAGCUUCUCCUCCUUUGACCUGUCCCCGUCUCGCCUCUCCUCUCCAGGCCUGGGGUCCUCCCCUCUCCGAGAGCCCUCCCCCACCACCUCCUCACGCAAGUACCUCUCCCCCCGACGGGACCUGUCCCCCCGUGGCCGCCUGUCACCCCACAGAGAGGUGUCCCCUCUCAGGCACAUCUCCCCCAAGAGAGACAUCUCCUUCAGGAGGGACCUCUCGCCUCGGAGGGACCUGUCCGCCAGAGGUCACCUCUCGCCCCUGUCCCACGCCGGACGCCCCACGUCACCGGGCAGGGACCUUGCGGGCAGGAGGGAGCUGUCUCCGCGCAGUCACUACCGGGGCAUGAUCAGACCUGUCUCCCCCAGGAGGGGAAUGCACCAUCACAGUGCCCCUUGGAGUCUAAGCCAGCACCUAGACUCAGAGAUGGUGCCACUGGGCCAGAGCAGUAGGAGCCACUCAGAGAUGGAGACGGAGCAGAAGAAAAGUUCCCCUCCCCACAGCAGCCAGGAGUCCCCUCAACCCCACCAGGGCCUGUUCAGCCACCUCCCCCUGCACUCCCAGCAACAGGUCCGCACCUCCUUCCCCAUGAUCCCCAUCGGCGGCAUCCAGAUGGUUCCCUCCGUGCCCACCUCAGUCACCGGCCUGGCCCACCCCGCCCGCCUCCCCCUGCAGAAGAGCACGUCCGAGGAGUCCAGCACCAGCGAGGUCUCCUUCCACCUGGCCGAGGGAGGAGGAGGGUCCAGGGGUUCCACCGGGUCGUCCGACUCACCCCAGCGCCAGGAGAGGAUGGUGUCAUCAUCCUCUUCCUCUCGGGGGACGCCGGUCCCCUCCCCUGGCCCGUCCUUACCCUGGUCAGGAAGUCGCCAGGACAGCGCAGACAUGUCAGACAGCAAGGACAUUAAGCAGCAGGAGGAAAGCAUACAGACUUGUACCAAAGCUAUCGCCUCGCUCCGCAUCGCUACAGAACAUGACACUCUGGAGAAGGGCAUGUUGGUGUGCUCUUCAGACGCCCAUCAGAGACACCCCCCCCCACUGCCUCACUCCUCUCACUCCCCUUACCCCAGCCCUCAGGAGAGAGCCUCCAGCAGGAUUCAGCACUUUAGUGGCCUAGAGGUUAGGCAGUCCCCGGACGGCCGCUCUGCCUCCCCUCUCCCCCUACACUCCAGCUCCAGCUUGGAGACCUCCCUGCCAGCCACAUCAAAGGGCCCGGCGGGUUCCACGGCAGGCCCAGGCCACUGUGCCAAGGAGAGGUCGCCAGGUCAACAGAGCCCAGGGGAAAGACCAGAAAGCACAAAGAGAGGCAAAAAUAUAUUAAAGGAUGCCACCGAGAACAGGUGAACAUUGUUAAAAAGGGAAGGACGUGCAACGUAAAGACAUCAACCCGUACAAUUGCGCACACACACACACACACACACACACACACACACACAGAGAGACAGACAUUUAAACACACACACACACACAAACAAGUCUUUAAACAAGCAAAUUAAGUAGAUACUCUGUAGUUUCAAUGUAUAGCAUGCCUUUUAUAACCUGGUUUGCUAUUUUAACAAUUUCUUUCUUAUUUAAAUUUUCAGAGAAUAUACAUACAGUAUGUUAACUUAUAUAUGAGCCUGACCAAAUUGAUGAUGGACUCCAGUCUGGUACUUUUAAAUGUACAGAUGUGCGUGCCUUUUCUUUACUUUUUGCUUAUAUUCUUAUAAGCAUAUUAAGCAGGAAGAUAUGUUAAUAUAUCACGUUUGUGUAUCAGCUUUGUAAUAAAUGCAAUUUCUCGUCUUUUUUAGACACUUGAGUCUGAAUGAUGUGAAGUAUCAAUAUAUGUAAGGUUGCACUAAAACUUAUUUUUAUAUGAGUGAAAUUAAAUGGCUUUUGUGUACAGCAGCAAUUCUAUAAUACUAUUUAUUGUAUCAUGUUUCAUAAAAUGUACAUUUUUCUUAAUGUUGUGGAUGCCUUUUCUAUGUAAAGCAUGGGUUUUGCUAUGGCAUAAUUAGAGCAAACAAUAUGUACACUGUAAAAUGGCUUUAUAUGUUAGAAGUAUUUAUAUACACCUAAGUGAAUGCACUUUACUUGGAGGUAUAUACAUAUGAUACAAUUUACCAGAAUAUAUAUCUAGUAUAUAAAUAUAUAUAUAUAUAUAUAUAGAAUAUAUAUGUGCACUUAGGUUUUAGAUUGACACCCACAUACAGUAUGGUAGUUAGUUCUAAAUGCUUGGACCUUUUUCUCUCCUGUUCGCUGGAUUGGCUACACUAGUUGUGAUUUUACAUUUUUUACAAAAAGUAGAACUGUUCAGCAUUAAGUGAAUCAAUGUGCAUUUAUUUUUUGUUUUCAUUCAACGCUUACUGAAGUAGUAGUGAAAUAUUAAAGAUAGUUUGAUCUUCUGUGAAUCAC